AUCUCGUGGAAAGCCUUCCCAGAAGAGUGGAGGCUGUUAUAACAGCACAGGGGAACCAACUACAUAUUCAUGGCCAUGAUUUUGGAAUGAUGUUAGACAAGCAGGUGUUCACAUACUUUUAGUCAUCUGGUGUAUCUGGGGAGGGAGGGGGUGCGAUCUCGAGUGCCUCCGAUUGUUUCAUAAUCAGUGGUAAACAUGGACAGUCACGUAGAAACCGGAGAGAGCGGUUCCAGAUGUGGCCGAAAAUUCCAGAAACUCAUUCUCCACACACAAAAACGUUGGAUUCAACAAGCAAAAUACUUACCCUCGCCCCCCUGUCUACAGUUGCCUUUGGCUUUGGUCAUACUCGGUAGAACAAUUCAGUGGUUGUUUAAGCACUGAAAUUAUCCUCAUCCAAUGCGUUAUUAAGCCUGCUUGCGUAUCUGAGCGAGUUAUAUAAACACUUGUAAACUCGUUAAACCAGCCUGUUCACACUGUACCAUCUACUAACGUAUCGACGAUGUGCGCGGACAAAGUGCAGAGGAAACCGUUGCGGCUCAUCGCCGCUGCAUGCAACAACAUGGGAAUAGGAAAAGAUGGACACUUGCCAUGGGAUUUACCGACAGAAUUCAAAUUCUUUUUGGAAACCACAACAAAUGUCUCCCUACCAGGAAAAUUUAACAUGAUGGUGUGGGGCAGGGGCUGCUGGUUCUCCAACCCAGACAGUCUGUUCUCUAUGCUGCCCAAUGUCCUCCAUGUGGUCCUGAGUACCACCCUGAGUACUCUCCCGGAGCAUGCCCACUUCCUGUGUCAAGAUUUCCACAGCAUGAUCAGCUUAGCCUUGCUGCAACCCCUAUGUGACCUGGUGGAGACCAUCUGGGUUGUGGGUGGUCCACGGGUCUAUCAGGAGGCUCUGAUGCAUCCCUGGUGUGAACUCAUCUUCCUCACUGACAUCAUGGCUGACUUUGACUGUGACGUCUUCUUUCCGCAGUUUGACCGAAGCGUUUUUAAAAAACAACAGAGGUUUCCUGGAGUACCAAAUGAGAUUCAGGAGGAGAAUGGGGUUACAUUUAAGUAUGAAGUUUUCAAGAGGGAGAUCUGUAGCGCUGAGGUGAUUUAAAACUGUAACUUACUGCAUGAAUGCAAACACGGACUGUUCUUUGUCAGACGUCGGGUGCCUUUUUUAACUAUUCAGUUCUCCAGUGCAAUUCUAAUAGUAAUCAUUAUCCAGUUGUACAAUACACAUGUCCCACUCACUCUGCUUCAUCUCAUCUGCCAGUGACUCAAUCUGCACAGUGCCAUAACACUAAUGAAUCAGAUAAAUCAAUGUGUCCAUCCCAUUCAGAUUUGUCUUACUGUAGGUCAUGUGUUGUCAGAUACAGAAGGCUUUUCAUAUUUGGUACAAAUGAUGGAUCCACUGCUGUCCCAGAUAAUAUCCUUCCUUGUCUGAUGUAUCAUCCUUGCUAUCCUCUCCCCUCAUCUGUAAUUUUCUGCUAGGACCAAACCAAUAUGGCUCUGUCUGAGUCAGAUUAUGUCAGACGAGUGGUCUGGGGUGACUCAAAACAACAUGGGCACUAAGGAUGUGGGGGUUGUUCUCGAUAGUGCCUACGUAACAGAGGGCGAUAUUUAUGUCUGAAGAUUUCAUAACAUAUUGCGAUUUCCAGCAUGAAGUCGCCAACCAAAGGCUGGAAAUCAGCCUUGAAUGGUUUUACAUGUAUAAUUAUGAUUCUAUCAAAAUAGUAUAAGAGUGCUUAAUAUGAGCCAGGAAAUACAUAUUUUAUUCCAGAUAAACAAAAAAUGUCUUGCUUAUUCUGAAUGAUGUUUCUUAAAAGGUGUAGGAGAGCUGUUAUUAAAUUUAUUGCAAAUGUUUACAAUUGAGGAAUCUCUGCAAUGUAGUGAUAUAUGUUGUAAUGAUACUUACAUACAGUUCCUUUGGGGAAAACAUGCAUCUUCUAUUGUAAAUUCUUCAACUUGGCAUGAUAUUGUAUUUGUCAUCAUGGCUAAUUGAAUCACUUGUCAAUCAGUAAAUAUUCAUACAACUCCAUCUUUCAGUACACAAUGUUGGAGUAAAUGAUCCACUAGAUGGAGACAUAAGACAAGACAUAGAGAACAAAGUGCCCCCUGAAACCAAUUUCUUUCCCUUUCUACAAAAAUAAAAACAUGAUCGAAUGUCAUGGAUGUAGGUGAAUGUGAUGUGUGAAUCAGUUUCUUAGAACUUGACUUUGCAAAAACAGUCAGACCGAUUACUGUCAGACAGAAAGACAGAUUACUGUCAGACAGAAAGACAGAUUACUGUCAGACAGAAAGACAGAUUACUGUCAGACAGAAAGACAGAUUACUGUCAGACAGAUUAUGACCUGAUGUCCUCUAUAUAAUUAAGAACAUCCAAUCAGACAACCUUUUUAUAAACACAAAGAAAGUGACUAUGGGGAAAUUGCUCAAGAUAUGAGACCCAAGAGUGUUUAGUCCGUGCCAUAUGAUUGAAAGCUACAGAUCCUGUCAGAGUCUUGUCAAAUCUUCUUCCCAUAAGAAACAGGGUAACCUUUACUGAGGGAAACUAUCGGUGGGUCCCAUUCUCUAGCUUAUGUAGUGCACUACUUUCGUGGAGAACUACAUAGGGAAUAGGGUACCAUUUGGGAAGCCCAUUAUGCCUGGGAGAUCCUGGUAUGAUAACAGCUGAGGAGAAAGAUUCUUAGCCGUGGUCACAGCCCACAUUAAUUCUCCAAGCCCUACUGACCCCAGACAUGGAAUAUUUACCACCUUAAUACUCUGCCAUGCUGUCGUCGCAGCUGGUAAUCAUACAUUUUAAUUGCAGGUGUCAUCUAUUUUCAUAUUUUCCCUGAGUUAUUCCCCAUAAAAGCCAUGUGUAACCCGGGCUAAUAAUAACCGGUGUCACGUUUGAAAUGGAAAAUAACAAUUUAUACUCCCUCUUAUUAACCUCUCCUGCUUUGGGAUAUAAUUCAGACUGACAUAGUUACCGUAGAGCAGCACACAGGGAUCAUCAUUGAGAGGGAACAAGGACAGAGAGAGGGAGGUGAAGACAUCAUUUGCAUUUAUACACCUAGCAGGGUCUAGUUCAUUUCACUCAAAUGGAAGCAAAUCUUUUAACAGAGAACAUACUGUCAGGGGUGGAAAGACUACUGAAAUAUCCUUCUCCAGUAGAAGUACUGUUACUUUAAUGACAUUUUACUCAAGUAGAAUUAACAUGACUGGCGAAAAAAAAUACUAAAGUAAAAGUUUAAUAACGUAGCUAAUUUAAAAAGUACUCAGCGUAAAAGCAAUUUAGUUACUUUUAAAAUAAAAACAUUGACCUUGAUAAUUAGCUACUUUCGCUAUAUGGGCACUUGAACGUUGUUACACAUUAUAUUUUCCAUGCAUUAAAUUCAGAAAGAAUGAGAGGAAAUGUAAAGUAGGAACUAAGGUAGUUUAUUUUGAGUUGCAACAAGGCACAUCUGUAUAAAAAAACUAAGAAUGUCAAAAAUAUACUAUUAAUGUUUGAAAAUAAAUGAAUCAUUCAAAGCAAAUAUUUUUACAAAAAUCUGUACAAAUGCAUAAACAAAGCUGCCACACUUCUAAAUAAACAUGUAUAAUUCUUUCAACCAUUCAAUCCCUCUUAUCCCAAUCUGUUACUUUUUUUCAUGAAAAGUUCAGGUAGUACCAAUAGAGGUCAGUAGAUGGUACUCUGUUUUUAAAGAUUGCAGCAAUUUGGAGAUUACUGAAUGCAUCUUGGUGUGACAAUUUAUGAGGGAGAAGUUACUGACAUUGAAACCGACUGUAGAAAAUUAAGUGUACCUUUGGGACUCCAAUGUCUUCAAACAUACCCUUAUAGCUGUCUUGUUUUGAAAUUGUACAUGACUCAGAAGUAGACACACCUAAUUUCAAUUCAAUUAAAACCCAAAUUCAUUAACAUGUACUUAUCAUUUGGGUAUUGCCAUGACUACAGGCCCAUGCUGUUAAUGAUACAGGAUAUUUUUCUCGCUUUGGUGCAAUUUUCACAAGUAUGUGGUACAUUUUCACAACUCACAGUACAAAACUCAAAACAUAAUCAAAACGGCAGUUGUUACAAAAACUCUAUGUGCAUUUUCAAUUGACUAAGUACAACACACAAAAUCAUGCAGUCACUUUUUUUCCACCAAACUUAGUCAGUGUUUCAUUACAUGCUCACAUAAAGUAAUUGCCUUCUACAAUGCAAAGCUCACACUCCUUUUGAUAUGAUUAUUUUAUCUUUUGUUAAAAGACAUUGUGCUAUUACUUAAUCCGAAUGCUCUCAAUUGAUGGUCACUUAACCGUUCGGCAAACCUAUACAUGUAAACCGGUUUGUCUGCUGCAGAUUAUGAGAACUACAUCAUGAAAAUGUAUGUUUGUAAAGUAGAAACAUAAAAAGUAGGGUAUAUACUCAAAUGUACUACUAAGAUGAUGACUAUUAAGCUUCACAGUAAGUUUUUUAAAAAUCUGAUAUUGACAAGAUUAGAUAUGUGCUAUGUAACACUGCUUUACUAAAAUUGCAUUGGCCUGUACAGUUCCCUCAUACUGUAAUAUAUGCCAUUUACUUAGCAGACACUUUUAUCCAAAGUGACAACAGUCUACACAUUUUGGUAUGUGAUGCCGGUGGGAAUUGAACCCACAACUCUGGUGUUGCUAGGGCCAUGCUCUUACUAACUGAGCCACAUACAUGAUCACUACAACGCAAACAUACAAUGUAAUACUGUAAAAUACAAUACACGAUUACAAUACAGGUGGCAGAUGUAUGACUGCCAUCCCCAUGAGCGUACCACUCUUCUUCGGGCCGUGGAUGAGGUAUGCAAUGAUUUCAAUCCAAACCAACGUCAGGCCUGUAUUCGCCAUGCCAAAUGGGUUUUCCCAAGUGCAUGAACAAUGAGGAUAUUUACUGCGAUUUCCAUGAGAACCUAUAGCCAAAUGCUCAAGACAGGCUUAAUUCAAACUAGUGCCUGCUAAACAUUAAGUUUCUUUCAUUUCUAUUAUUUGAUUACAUUGUGAAAGAUGUAUUCAAUGAUCACACCUAGAAUGAUCACAUCUAGAGAUUAUGGACAUUUGACCGAAAGUCAAAAUGUAGUGGACAUUAUAGCCGAAUGUGAAAA